GCAUCCAUUGAAAUGUGUUGAUAUUACGAGAAGCUAAUAUUUAUUUAUUUAUUUAUGGUUACUAUUAACAAACAAUGGAAUACGUAAUUUGAUUUAAUGUUAAUGAAAAACAAACAAAAAAAAAUGAUUGUGUGGUGCUGAUAAAAAACAAAAUCCAACAACUUGAGCAUAAAUACCUGCAAAAUGGGCACUAGAUCAGCUGGCUAUACAUUGAAAUUAACGAAUUUGCAUGAUUAUUAUCAACGGCUUCUACAUGGGACUCAACCAGUUCCAUCAGGAUUUGACAUGGCAAAUACGAUCAAGUAUUUUUCUCAAGCAUUACUUUCUUUGUUGAAAGAAGUGAGAGAUUCGCCAUUGGAAAUGAUCAAAUCUCAACAAUUCGAUGCAGACCGCAUGGCUCUGUACCCUAAUUUGGAUUACAAACAGUUAUAUAACGCGUUGAGUCAAUUACUGGAUGUGGUUUCACUUGUACACAUUGGAUUAGCUGCAUUUGGACAAGCACUGCUGCAAUGUCUAGCGUGCCUGAUGCCAUUCUUGGAUCAUGACCUCUUAGAUAAUGUGGCAUACUUAACGGCCAGUUCAAUCUCCAUUCUUCCACCAGAACUUCAUCAGGAAGUCGUUAAUCAUCUUUGCUUUUACAUUCUUCCAUUUACAAUAACAAGAAAAACUCUUGAAGAAACAGAAAACCAUGCAAGCCAAUCAAUUUCUGCUGUUAUAAUGAUGAUUUUUCAAUACUCCACCAACCCUGCUCAUCACUGUCAACUUCUUGAGUGUCUAAUGGCUCUAAAAACAGGAGUAGUUAAAGAUAUACUUUGUGUAGUGGCUUAUGGAACAGCUCCAGCACGUGCAAGUGCUGCAAAACUGCUGUUUUACUACUGGCCUACUUUUAAUCAGAACUUGUUCGAUCGUCGUGCUGUUCUAAUGAAAUUUGCAAAUGAUUUAGCACCUUUCGUGUGUAAAAGAGACUCCUGUCCGAAUGCUGGUAAUGCUGAAGCUGGAAAGGUCUGUUAUGAUCAUCGAAUUUCAAUUAAAUUCGCCGCAGAUUCUCCACCACCACUGUAUUUGUGUAUUGAAUGUGCUAAUGAGAUUCAUAGAGAACAUCCUAAUCAGAUGUUUUACGAUAUCCUUCAUCCUAUGCAACAGGUGUCAAUGGUUUGUGAAAAUAAGAAUUGCAGAUCAACUGACAAAGCAGCCAUUAGCGUUUGUUUUUCAAUAGAAUGUGCCAGCUAUAAUGGCAACCAUCCAAUCCGGUAUUGUCAACAAUGUCACAACAUUAGACACAACAAUCGUCGUGGUGGUGAUCAUGUCUACCACAUGGCAUUGCCACAUUUCUCUGAAAUGGAUCCGCAAAGUCAAGCUUACCUUGUUCAAGCAAUUGUCAGUCUUUUGAAGGAAGCUGAACCUCUAAGUUUAGAUAGCAAUAGAGAUACAUCAGAGAGUUCUAACAAAAGUGGAAUGGGUGGUGUUAUGAGUGGUGGCGGUGGUGGUGGAAGAUCAGGAUUUAGCGAUCCAUCGACUUUGGAAGAACGACAAUUACUUGGUCGAUAUGGAGUUUGGCUACUUGUUGGUUUAUGUACACCUAAUGAAGAUACACCCGUUGAAAUACUUGGGCGUUUAUUAUCAAUGCUAUUUCAUUGGUUUCAUGUCACCGCGUACUCUUUCGAUGGUCAAGCAGAAAGCACAUUGGAGAAAUUGAAAACAGAGUAUGUGUGUGGUUGGCUAUCAGAGAUCAUGAAAACUCAUUAUCAAGUAUUUAUUUCAUGCCUCCUACCUCAUCCAGCUGAUUAUGUUCGAGUUGGUGGUCAUUGGGAAACAUUGGCACCAAGGACAUCACAUUUAAAAGACGGCCUCAAUAGACUUUUCUGUCUAGUUCCUUAUGAAGUGAUCACUUCAGAAGUGUGGGAUUAUGUUAUGCCACAUUGGAUGGAAGCUAUGGUGAAUGAUGUACCUGAGAAUGAACUUCAUGAACUAAAAAUGAUCCUGUGCAAAAUUUUGGAUCCAGAAAUGAGUCCAUUGGGUUUCAAUGCUAAAAAAAUGUAUAACUUCGUUGCAAAGCGAUUUAUCAACACUAGUGCUAAGGUUCAAGAGCAAGCUCUCAAUUGGUUACAAACUCUUACCAUGUUAGAGAUCACUAUUCCAUUAAGUCAGUUGUUCUCCAUGUUCAGUGAUGGUGUGGCGGUGAUGAGCACCACUAAUUCUGCUGAUUUUGAUGAAAAGGCCUACAAGUCGAACCGAAAUACUGGAGAUAAAGGAUCUGGAGCGAUAUGUCCAGUGGUAGAAAAUGACUCCGGACAAUCAUCUCCACUAUCAGACGACAUCGCACCGAUACCAAGACACAUGGAAUUCACGACCAACGCUGAACUAAAUCUUUCCUGUUGCAUUUUGAUGUUGGAUAUACUACUGAAGCAGAUGGAGCUCCAGGAUAUUGAAAAACACACGGGAAUUAAUACUUGGGUAUGCAAAGAUGCUUGCAACUUGAUGAAAUCCAUAGUAGCAGCAAACUGGAAUGAUUGUCAUAUCUGUAAAGACGAUCAGGAGUGUUCCUACUGCGAAUCGAGGGUCAUUUGGCAUCAAUUAUGUUUCCAGUUGAUUAUUUAUUUAUGUCCUGAACAACCGGCUCAUCCUCCAGAUGUAAUCGUUGAUGAAUCUGUUGAUGAUCAUGGCCGCAAAAGUCCUCCAGAAUCAUCAAAAAAAUCAGAAUCAAAGCCAGAUGUUGUUAUAAACAUGCCUGUCCCUGAUUUACAUUCAGUUGGAGGUGUUUUAGUUCAUAUGCCUCAUUUCUUCGAACAGAUUAUGACAGCAACUGUAGAAACAGUGUCGGAGCAAUUGGAUCUUGCUGCUAUAUUACCUACUGAAAAGAUCAUGUCAGCUGUCGCACGAGCUGUUACACUAUCAGAAAGUGAUGUUGCAACGGCAACAGUGAGUAUUGCUAAACCUAAUAUCAUUGGAGAAAAUGAUCAACCUCUUAGUCCAAGUCCUGAAAAUGAUGCCGAUGAUUUUUGGCACACGACAAUGGGAAAAUUCCGCUUCAAUAUUGAUGAACUUCCUGAACAACUUCAAUAUAUUCAUAAAUUACUCAAAGAAAUUAUGACUGUCGACAAGCCUGAUAUUCUUUAUUACAUGCUGCAGAGUUUAAAUAUUUUAUGUCUUCAUGGUGAUGCUUUCACUUUAGCAGUUAAAGAUCAUCAAGGAUUUUUUAUCUGGUGUCAAGAAAAUUUACUUAUUAAAAAUUUAUGGGAGCUAUUGAAUUCAGAACAUUCACACAUCGCUCAAGUAACUGUUCCUCUUCUUCUUCAUUGCAUCACCUUACCCUGUGGAACAGACACCUUCUGGAGAUUAGUUCAGGAAGAAUUUCAUAAUUCUGAUUGGCGUGUUAGAUUUGUAGCAGUAGAAAGAGUCACACUGAUAGCAAGAUUUAUGGAUUCAACACCACUGAGAAAUGUUUUGUCAUUACAAGCAGCAUUGGCAAAUGCUUUCUGCUACAUCAUCAGCAGUAUGGAUGAUAGCAAUGUCUAUGUAGCACAAAGAGCUACGUUGAAUCUUGGAACUAUUCAUGAUACAGCGAUAAGAUCUUUAAUUAUGUGCUUGGAAACUCAAUUCGAUUCUGUAAUCGUCGAUCGUCCAAUGGUUCUCCAAUCGCUUUAUCAACUCCAUAACAGCCUUAGUGAUCGAAAGAUUCUUACUUGGGACUUUUUUCUCAACCGCUUUGAUGCUUUGUUCCUAGAAGCUCAAAUUAAUUUGGAAAAAACUGGAGAUAUUUCAUGCCUUCGAGAUCUUCGUAACACUGAUAUGAAUACUGACGCUUUCAUGAAAAAGCUUCACCGUGCACAGGAAGCUCUUUCAGCACAAUCUGAUGGCAGUGGUACUAGUUCAGUGAAGACUCUCAGUGCUUCAUUUGGCACUAAAUGGCCUUAUAAAAGAACCAUGUCGGCACCAGCAUCAAUGAUCCCACGUCAGGAUACUAAACAAGAGAAAGAAAAAAUUUAUAGUCGACAGUAUUCAGCGCCAAUUCUCAAGCGAAAAAGCUCCAAAUUUGGACUGGGUCAGUUGUUGGGGUCCACCCCACCUAAUAACAGUUUGCAAGAUGGAAAUGUUCAUUCACUUACGAUGGUGGAAGAGGGAGGAGCGUAUCCAGGUCUUACACAUAAAAUUGUAGAGCUUGAAGAGGCUGAUAAGGAAACGAUGCAUCUACUAGUGUUUUUAUUUAUCCAGUUUUUAUCUCGACAAGAUCAAGCCUACCCUACAGAUGAAAAGCCGCUUUCCAAAACCCAAGGAAUUGUCUUAAGACAUGUGUACCUACUUCUGGGUUACAAUCAGACUGAAAGGUCAUUUCAUCUGUCACCUCAACGUCUAAGAGUUUCAUCAGUAUUCAAUGUUUUUAUAUCCAACUUGCCUCAAUUGCUCGACCAAAACCACGUGAUGGGCUGGGUCAUGAUGCCACCAGUUUUGUCUAUUCUCCAAUACUGUCCUUAUCCACCUCAAAAGCUUCCCAUGAUGGACAAUCAGUCACCGAAUUAUAGCCUUUGGUAUCUUGAACCAAACAUUCGGAGAUCUUGGCUUAUGUCAUUGCUCGUGGUUCUCUAUAAAUAUCAAUAUGGACAACAACCUUGGUGUACUCAACUCCAGGCAUUGAUCAAAAUAGUCCUGAAUACUCUAGAUGCUCAGCAUCAUCAAUGCAAGCGGAUUCCACCAACUGUUGUCAUGGCACCACCGUCUUCUAGAUCUCGAGAUAUUUCCCAGCCAUCUCUUGGUGAUCAUGAGCUAAUGACAAACUUCCCUGGAGAAAUAGACAUCGAAAGUCCUCCAAUGAGAUCCCAAAUGAUCAACAUUCAUCAAAAAGGCACUGGACCUUUCGUAAGUACAUCCCACACGAUGGAAACUCAUUGGGAAGAAAGUGGACCAAUUUAUCAUCAUAAUAAAUUUACAAGUUAUUCAAUGAAUAUGGACAUCCUGGAGUCCGAAUUGUCAGCAAUACCUGAAAGUCCAAUAUCCGAUACAACUUUGCACGAUAGUAGUGGCGGAUCACUUGGAGAAUUGGAGGAUAGUUCGGCAUUGGCUGGAAGAAGUGCUUCUAUGAUGAUGAUGAUGACUAGGACAUCGAUCCCUGGUGGCUUCUUGUCGAAAAGUGAUCAUCCCAAAGCCGAAAGUAGCUCCAAUCGGCCUAUUUGGUUUUUGGGAAGUGAAGAUGAUUCACAUCAAGAUGCUUCUAGCACGACGCAAAAGAAGUGGAGCGUUCAUGAAGGCAUGAAGAUGAUGGUUGCUAAUACUUUCUUUUCUGGGCAACCAGAUUUGAUGACAAAACAAGUAACAUCGAAACUUCAAUCAUCAGUGAUACCUGAGAAGCCUUUGGAGAUUAAAGCAACAAAGGCUGUUACUCCAACCACAUCAACAGCUCCUAUAGCACAGCCGCCAAUUCUGAAGCCUGAAAAGUCAACAAAAGACCGAACAUCAACACUCAGCUUUCACCUGGAUCAUCUGGAAUCAUCAAGUUCUAAACAACUAGGCCGACAGAAGCAUGUUGAAUCAGCUCCACCAACAAUAUCAUCACCACUAUCACCAUCUCAGCUACUUCCUAUUAUGAGCGAUGACUCUAGCUCUCCAGCAGUCAGUAGCAUAUCAUCUCAGAUGACUAGCACAGAAAACGGGCAAUGUUCCAGCAACUGUACUGGAUCCAACAACUCGAAUAUUCCAACACUAUCAGCACCAACGAUGGAACGAUUACUUCCCAUUGGUCGAUCAGUACUUCCUCGAUCAGCACAACGUAUCAAAGGUGAUGAUGCUUAUGCUUCACCUGAAUCUCCACUUUCCCGAAUGGAUGUGUUGCCUAUCAACUCGUCAUUUGAGCAAGACAGUGAGACUUGUGUGUCUAGUGAUGUUACCAGUCCUCGUAGCAUGAGUCAACUUGAAUUUCCGAUGCUCGAAAGGCUGUUGCCUAUCGGAAUCCAAAAUCAAAGUGUAGUAGGGUUAGUUGAGAAGGUGCGGGAAGCUCUAGGUGUGACUGAUAUUGAGGAUUCGACUGAAGCUACUAGUGUUGUUGAUCUUAAAGAGUUGAAGACAAUGAAUAAUAGAGACAUUUGUAAAGCAGAUAUCGAAAAACAAGGCAGCCUAGAUUCUAUAGCACUUCCUGGUGUUCUAGCACCAAGCACAGAUAUACCAUCAAGUAGAUCACCAAGUCCUAGACGAUUAAUUAAACAAGUAGCAUUGGAAUCACCGCCACCAAUAGAGACUGAUGAAUUUUCAUACCAAGCUCUCGAGCAUGAAAGAAAAGCUAAAUUAAGAGAUUACGGGAGGUUAAAGGACAAAGAAAGACGUGAACGACGAGGGUAUAUUGGUUCGAAUAUCAAUUACAAUCAUCAUCAUGUCAUUGGGCAUACCAAAAGAAUGGACUCCUGGACGGCAAUGCAAAGUCAAAGCAACACAGAUGUAUCAAUGCAACAAGCUUGCCAUGCAGAUUUUUCUUUGAAACAAAGCUUAUUCAGGAUUGGAGAUGAUUGUAUCUAUGAUCGUUGCUCAGAAUGUGGGACAAUAAAGGAAGAAUAUUCCGAUGAAGAGCUAGGUCUUUGUAUAAUUAUUCUAGGGACUUUUAUACAUCGAGAGCCAGCGCUAGCUGCACCCUUAUUACCAGAAAUUCUCGGAAUUGUCACUAAGGUUGCUCUUAAUGCAAUGUAUCCUUGGCAAAGUGAAACCAACAUGCAUCUUCCUGGUGGUGCUGUGAGUGUUGCUCACCAAUUUCUCCGAUGUGUUUUACACCAACUAGCACCCAACGGCAUUUUUGUACAAAUGUUUCAGACUCACAUCAACGAGCUUACGAGGAAGCAAUUUUUCAAAAGCGUUGCUCAAGCCUUGGUUGAUUUUAACGAACUAAAUCCUAUAGCACCUCUUCAGAUGCUUUUGGAAACUUUGAACGGCAAGAAAUCCCUACCGGUUGAUCAUCUACCAAUAAUUCUACAUAACAUCGCAUGCUACUUGGAUUGUUUACCGUUGGAGGCUGGAUUGGGUCCAGGGGCUACAACUUGGAGUGGACUGUUGACCCAAUUUGAUGGAUUCUUUCGAAGACUUAUUCUCUUGCUUUCAUCUAUCGAUGACACAACACCACUGUUGAGGAUAAUGAUAUCAAUAUUGAAGGUUCCUGGUAUUCAACAAUCAAAGAGUAUUUUGGAUCCAUUCUCCAAAGUCCUUAGCUACGCAAUUCAAAAUUCAAAUCUUAAAUAUUCCUAUCUGACUGACUUGUGCUACCUUUGUCAUCGAGGUUACCUGAGAGAGCGAGAUAAACAUUUCUUGGGUAGAACUGUUGUGUUUGAACUGGUCCAAGCGAUGAAAUUCAAAACAACCAUUCCUGAUAAUAAUUUCAUACUACUGCUUCAGUUUGUCUUGCAAGACAUUGGUGGAACCUUGCCGAGUACUGUCACCAUAGACAAUAUACACAAUUCCGAAAUGUCUUCAGUUUAUAAUACCAAUUCUUCAGAGUCUCUGAGAAAUCAGAUCUCCGAUAUCCUAGACUUUCUAGCUGAUUUCCAUACCCUGAGCAAAAUAAAGAGCUACAGCAAAGGCAUGCAAGCAGGUUUAAAUGAAGAUACUUUAGGAGGGAUUAUAAAAUGUGGCUUUGCACAAUAUUUAGCAUUGGAAAUAACCCGAGGGAAUAAUAGAGAAAAUCGUGCUGUUGCUAGAUAUCUUCCUUGGCUGUCUAGUGCACCAUCGAUGCUUCCUCAAGGAGCUCGUGAAUAUGUGGAAUGUAUUGGACAUAUUAGACUAUUGUCUUGGAUCCUACUAGGUUCACUGACCCACUCUGCGAUGAACUUGGGCGUCAAUGCCGCCCAUACACAUGCACCACCCGUUCCAGUUGCUCAACCAAUUCCUCAAGAAGUUUCAUGCCAUGUUGCUGAUCAUAUCCAGGUCAUCUUUUCGGGAUUUCCGGAACAAUCUAAGGCUUCAGUUCUUCAUAUGUCUUCCCUAUUUCAUGCAUUCAUUCUAUGCCAGCUUUGGACGAUUUACCUGGAAGAGUUGUCUAAAAACAACCCCUCAAACCUUGAGAGCUACAAUGUUACCAUGAACAUUUUGGUAGAAUUCUGGGCAAAAGUGACACCGUCUAUCUUACAACUGGUUUCAACAUCUAGAGCUUUAGCUGAAAUGGUUAAUUUACAUUUUUUAAGUCUUCUAGAAGCUCUACUUGAAGUACAAUCCGUUGUCUUGAGUAAACUUCUUCCUUUGUGGAGUCCAAUCCUGUUUUCUCAUCACAUUCAGCUUUCAGGUCAUUUACAAAUGAGAUUACAGAAUUGCAGAAAUUUUCCACCACCAAGAAUGGCUGAUCAGUAUAUAUCUAGUCGUCGAGAAUCAAAUGCAGUUCUAUUGCGAUGGCUGCAUAGAUUACAAUUUAAGAUGGGACAAAUUGAAAUGCAAUCAUCAACAGUUACCACCCAAUUUUAUUCAAUAUAAAAUGAUUGUAGAGCAUGUGAUUACCUGGUUACUGGAUUUUAAACUUCUCUAUCUACCUUUGAUGGUAUUUGAUGCCAUUUAAAGAUCAUUGGUGGUACAAGUUGCAGUAUUUCACAAUGAUAGAAAGAGAAAAGAAGAUGGUAAUACUAGGAAUUAUUGUUAAUACUGAAUGUCAAUAGUGCAUUGUAUGCAUCUUUAUUCAAAAUGGAGCUUGUAAGGAGGAACCGGAAACUUCCUAGAAGACACUGACUGUAAUGGGACAUUCAGAAUGUCAUAUGUUUUCAAAUGAACCUUAUUGGUCCAGAAUCAAAAGGAAUGAUAUAAUGUUUGUGUUAUAAAAGAAAUAAAUUAUUGUUAAGUUUUGUCACAAAAAAGAAAAUGAUGAAAAAAAAAUUAAAACUGAGUAAA